GUGACCAUGAGUGGAAAGAUCAUCUUCUUCGAGGAGUGUAACUUCCAAGGCCGCUCUUUUGAGUGCGUCAGCGACUGCUCUGAGAUUGCCUCUCACUUGAGCCAAUGCAACUCCUGCAGGGUGGAGAGCGGGACAUUCAUAGUCUAUAACCAGCCCGACUUCAUGGGCCAGCAGUACCUCCUGACCAGGGGAGAAUAUCCCGAAUGCACGAAUACCUUUGGCUUCAACGACUGCAUUCAGUCCUGCCGCAUUGUCCCUGCGCACAAGGGACUUUUUAAUAUGAGGAUCUAUGAAAGACCAAACUUUGAAGGCCAGAUGCACGAACUGACAGAUGACUGCAACUCCAUCCAGGAUAACUAUCACAUGUCGAGCAUGCAGUCCUGCAACGUGAUGGAGGGCUACUGGUUGAUGUUUGAACAACCAAAUUAUGAGGGCCGGAUGUUUUUUCUGAAGCCAGGAGAGUACAGGGACUUCAAAGGAGUCGGCAGUAAUGACAUGAAAUUCAAUUCAAUCAGACGUAUCACAGAAUCUUAACUGUCCCAUGACUUUUAUUUGGCUAAAAGGUUUUGCAGAUGGUUUGUUGUAUUAAUAUUAACAAAUUCUCAAAGGCAAAAAAGAGAAAGCUUUGUUUUA